AUGACGUCCGCAUCAGACAUCAUCACAUACAUCGGAGUUCCACUCGCCGUCCUCGGUGUACUCCCGAUCCUGUAUACUUUUACGCUUGCAAUCCUCACUCAGCGCCGAAUCCGAGCCUCACUUAUCCAUCAUGGCCAUAAGCCCGUUACCACAACACGUCCACAUGACGGCUUUACUAUUCGAAGCUCCCCUAUGACCAGCCUUAUUGAAGUGGAGCUGCCUAGAUAUACCAUCGCACCCUUGGAACGGAACAAUGAAGACUAUUGGAAAAUUGCUGAUGAAGGUCAAGAGUUGGGAGAGGAGCAUCACCGAUUGCUCGAUCGAGCCGAGAGCACGCUCAGCAUGAUUGAAGAAGGUCGUGUGCGUGGGUUCCUCCGUGGAGGCAGCUGGAGAGCAUUUCACUGGAAAAGAUUGAUCGUGGGCAGGAAGCUAUAUAGAAUACAGUAUGAGGACGAGCUACGAGAACCGCCAGCAGAAAUCGAUUUUUCGGAACUUGUCCAUUUUCUGCUCGACUGGGGUGCCAUUCCGGAUUCGAUGGGAUGGGAGAAAUUGAAAUCGGGUGGCUUGUGGACACCGGCUGGAACAGUUCUUCUGAAAAAGACGGAUGAUGAACAGGGUUCUCGGAAACAGGUCGACUGGGUUCUGAGAACGGCGAUGCCCGAUGAAAGCGACGGUAUUCUUAGUUUAUCCAUCAGAUGGACCAAGGAUAUGACAGAUGUGGCGGAACUCCGAGGUGUCGCAAGCCUCGCACCAGGCUGGGGUCGACUUCACCAACCUCAGCUGUUGGAGCCGAAUGAAAACCAGAAACAGGAGAAGCAAGAUCUUCCAGCCAGGAUCGAAGAGAUGAAAAUCUCAAACAAGUACAGCAUGGAUAGCUCGAGUUUUCGCUUUCGUGCCCAGGACCACCGUGUCCAGAGGCUUCUCUGGGAACGGAAAAACAUUGAAACAGGUUUCGUCUGUGAACCAUUUCGUACAUAUGAGCAAUCGCGGGUGGCGAUCUGGUUUACAUGUGCGGCAUCUGCUCUCCUCUCCCGCAAACAGACCAACGGUGGUCUGUGGGACGUUGAAACCCCCUCCGAGAUCCAAACUUUUGUCCAUAGAGAAUCGGUGCCCUGCGGUGUCAUGGUAAUCCUCGGUUUACUGGCGGAUAUUGAUGCGCCGCAAUGGUCUUCGGAAAAGGAAAACAACAGCGUGAAUGAGUCCAUGAAUCUCAGCCAACGACAUAUGCAACGCUAUCAGGCCCGCCUUGCUGCAGAAAGGCUAGAGGCCACCAUGUCUCCGGAGCAGGCAAGGAUUCACAAGAUGAACCGUGAAGCAGCAGCAAGGCAACAAAUUCAUAACGACAUGAUGGAAUCGAUACAUAUGCGGCAGGAGCGGGAGGAGCGAAGAAUGCAAGAUGCCAUCGCCAGCCCGAGAAUGAACAUCAAAGCCGUGGCCGAAGCUUGUCUUGUGUGGCUAAUCGAACAGGGCGAGAUCGGUCGAGAAUGGACGCUCGACCAACUCGCUGAGGCGGUCUUGUACUUGAUCGUCGUGGACCAGAGUCAAAGCGAAGAAGGCGAGGCGCGAAAAAUCAUCAAGAUCCUGGACGAGUGGAUGUCGUGGGCCGUGGCAGGCGGCAUGAAGAAGCAGCAAGUCAUCAUGUUGGACCGCAAUAAAACGGUGUUUUGCUUUGCGGUAGCUCUGGUCUUUGUGGUCUCGGAGUCCACCACCUCGAAUGCCGGCAAGGGCAAAGCGGGUGCAGAUAUGUUGGAGUGUUUGCGUUUGUGGAGGAAAGUCAGAUUAGGAUGA